UUUUUUUUUUUCCUGCUUUUUCUGGCCUUCCCUGAUUUAGGAGGUGCCCUCCCUGUCUUAGUGAAAAACAAAUACGUACAAGGAAUUUGAGAGGCUGACCUACCUCUUCGUCUCAUUCACACAAAAGUGACCUUAGUAUCUUUAUCCAGUUCUGAGUUUCAUAAGCCUGUAUCUCAUAAUGAUAACCUUUAUCUGAGAAUGAGCCCGCCCCUGGUUUAAUUUCAUAUUUGAGCAAAAUUCCACACAAAUAUAACUGUAAAAUACGUUAUUCAAUAUUUGUCGAAUUUGGCCCAAUGAAUGAAAAUGUACUGUGACAACAUUCAUAUCAGAGAGAAAGACAAAACUGCAUAGACUGAAUUAUGAUCCCAACUAAAAUAAUUAGAAAGCAAGCAUACAGAGUUAAGUGCAGUUUUUUGUGUGACAGUUUUUCCGUAGAUACCCAACAAUGUCAUCUGAAAUGUUACCGGAUUUUAAUGAGACUUCUGGUGCUGAAAGAAAGCAAGAUUUAAGUGAAGAUCCAGAGGAGAAACAGAAACCAAGAGUGAAUGAAGGGAUUGAGCCAGUAUCUAAACGACGUAUGAAGAAGCUAAGGAAACAAAGGCAAUGGGAAGAACAGCGAGAACUCCGGAAACAGAAACGGAAAGAAAAACGCAAGAGAAAGAAAUUAGAACGCCAGUGUCAACUGGAAUCAAACUCGGAUGGAAAUGACAGAAAACGUGUUCGAAGACAAGUUGUCCAUAGCACACUCCGCCUUGUCAUUGACUGUAGCUUUGAUGAUUUGAUGGUCUUAAAGGAUAUUAAGAAACUUCACAAGCAGAUCCAGCGAUGUUAUGCAGAAAACCGCAGAGCGCUGUGUCCUGUGCAGUUUUACUUGACAAGUCAUGGAGGCCAGCUGAAAAAGAACAUGGAUGACAAUGACAAAGGAUGGGUCAACUGGAAGGAUAUCCACAUCAAACCAGAGCACUACAGUGAACUCAUAAAAAAAGAAGACCUGGUGUAUCUUACAUCAGAUUCCCCUAACGUACUGCAGGAGCUCGACGAGUCAAAGGCCUAUGUGAUCGGAGGGUUGGUGGAUCACAAUCAUCACAAGGGAUUCACAUAUAAACAAGCAUCGGAUUAUGGGAUUGAUCACGCCCAGCUGCCCCUCGGAAAUUUUGUGAAAAUGAAUAGUCGGAAAGUGCUGGCAGUUAAUCAUGUAUUUGAGAUUAUUCUGGAAUACCUGCAGACAAGAGACUGGCAAGAAGCAUUUUUCACUAUCCUGCCCCAGCGGAAAGGAGCUGUUCCCACGGACAAAGCCUGUGACAGUUCUUCCCAGGACCAGCAGGCCGCCGGGGCGGAAGGCGGAUUGGACGGGGAGGCGGAGUGCAGCAGGAAUGAACCGGAUUCCGCAUAUCCAGAGGGAGCGCAGGAGGAGGAAACCCACUGAGUGGGCGGCGGCGAAAGUCUUCCAGGCUGACACUGCCUGGCUCCCUGUAAUUUAGGGACAUCAGGAGGAAGGGACGAGGACAGAGUUCCACGGAACAGUCGGAUUGGAGCAGAAUGUUACUUUCUCUUAUUUAUAUUGUGAAUUUAAACUUUUCUUGAACUAUUAACAAAAAGCUCUUUAUACUUUUAAAGAAUUUUUUGUAUUUGUGUAAUAUUUAAACGUGUAUCUUUUUUGUUGUUCAGCUUUGAAUAAGAGUUUUAGAAGAUUUUACCUUCAUUCUCUUUCAUUUACUGGAAUGUAUUCUCCAAAUGUGCCUUCUGACCUCUCAGUUUUAUUAUUUUAUGCUUAGAUCCACACCUUUGUGAUCUAUGGCCUAUUUAUUUGCCUGGGCAGAUAUUCAUAAAUGUACUGUGAGUGCACUAGAAUGUUGUGCAGGGGAAUUAUCUUCUAUCUGCCUCAUUCAUUUUCGACUUGAGUAUUGCAAAGAAAUAACAACUGUGGGAAGAAACAUUAUUUGCUGGACUCAACUUCAUCUGUCCUGGGCUACGGGGCCCUACCUGUGCCUCCUUUGUAAUGUCUCUCAUGGAAAUAAUCACACAGAGCUGAGAGUCUCUUUAAUACAGUCUCUUAAUUUCUAUAAUGGUAAUAAAUUACUUCAGUUAUAUGACUGAGUGUUUGCAGGCUUGAUUAUUUUAUUUUUUUGAUUAUUUUAUGAGGCUGUUACUGUUAAAGGAUUUCAUCUUUUCUGAAUUAAUAAAACAGCUCUUGGCUAUCCUUCCUUUAUUAAAAUAAAAUUUGUUGGCUUUUAAGGUGAAUAUUGUACAGCUUCCUCGUCAUAUACUAGCAAAGUAAUGUAAAUAUUUCUGUCUCUGUAAAUAACAGACAUGUAUGAAAAUGGACACAUGGUUGUGUCUACAUGUUUGCCCCUGUCCUAUAUGGUUCUGUUAUUCGCUUGUCAUAUCUGCCAGGACUGACAGAUGUGUCAGACUCACUAAGAGCAAUUUGAAUCUCAUGAAGUGCAAACAUCUAUUACUGAAUAUUUGUUUGGAAUUGUUGGCAGGGGAGGAUGGGGUGAAAAAUAAGCUAUGUUAGUUUCAAAUCAGUAACUAGAGAAUUACGUUUAACAUGAGGUGAUUGUCCUUAGUGCAGCUGAAGUAGUAUCUCAGGAGCUUUCACCUAAUUUUGUGAAAAUGUUUCUGUUCUUUUCUGUUUUGUUUAAAAAAUGGCUUGAAAGUUAUAUUUAAACAGAUGCAUUUUAGUACAUACACGUUAUAUACAACUUACAUAUACACAUUUAAUAGAAAGUUCAUUGAGUUUAGUAUUGAUGUUUACUGGCUUAGCUUUUGUUGCUUUUCUCUUAGUACCUAUUGUAGUUACCCAUUUUGAAGUAAGGUCUAUAAGCCAAGUAGCCCUACAUUUCUCAAAGAAGAAAGCUUAUUGUUUCAUUUGUCAAAGGCUCAGACUUUUGUGAGGAAGUAUUGCUUACUAGCAUGGAAUAAUGUCUUUCACUUAAAGUAUUGUGUGUAUAAUAGGGCAUUGUAUAAUAAUGAAAAGUGACGGGAAUCACGUAGUUUGAUUUUCACUAAUUAUGAAAAGUGCUAUAUUAGUUUCCUAGGGUUGCCAUAAUAAAUCACCAAAAGCUGGGUGGUGUAAAAAAGAGAAAUUUAUUCUCUCAACAGUUCUGGAGAUUAAAAGCCCAGAAUCAGGUGUCACAGGGCCGCGCUCCUCCAGAUGCCUCGGGAAGAGCCGUCCUGCCUGCCUGGGCCUGCAGGGCUGCCUGUGCUCUGCUCUGUCGCCACACCGUCUUUCCUGUCACACUGUCUGGCCUCCAUCUCCCAUGCCUGUGCCCAGAUUUCCCUCUACACCAAUGCCCAGUGUGACCUUGUCUUAGCCUGACUGCAUCUGGGAACCCCCUAUAUCCAGCACAUUCGUAGGUACCGAUGUCAGCACCUGACUCCCCCCUCUUCAGGGGAAACUGUCUGCCUUGUCAAGGUGUUGAUGACAGGAAGUCAGUGACUGCCACUUCUUUUAAAUGAAUUUCUGAAGGAUUUUAAAAUCAGCUUAAAAUAGUAUUUAAACACUCUCUCAAUCAUUUUAUUAUACCCUCCCCCCACCUGUUUUGGUUUAUUUAGAUGCACUAUUAGUUAAAACCUAAAUAGUAAAAUCAUUUGUAUUAGAACAUAAUAAAGGUA